AUGAGCUUCGAACCCGAGCCCUCCUUUGUCAUCGAACUCCUAAACUAUGCCGAUGACAAAUUUUCUGAACCAAGGCGUGGCUUCUACCCAACCCCACUACAUAUUCAGGUAUGGUUUAAGCACCCGUCGAUAGCCUCACUCGACCAUACUUAUGAGAUCGUGGCUGGUCCUGGAGCCAAUAUCAGUGAUUGGACUCACAGAGAAGUGAUACCGUUGGAUAUUCAGAGGGAUGAAGAAUAUCACUAUGUCAUCACUAAAAUUGGGGGUGGAUUUGCUGUCACUUCGCAAGGAAAACUUCUCGUGGCUUGGCAGUAAGUUUUGUUCAGGCAGAUCAAGUCUAAGCGUUUGCAGGCUGCAAGAGACAUCUUAUACGAUAAACUGUAGUUUAUGUAAUUUUGAGAGUUGUAAAGAAAGUUCUUGCUAUUUUUUGCCUUGUAAAGAAAGAUCUUGCCAUUUUUUGUUUUGUAAAGAAAGUUCUUGCCAUUUUCUGUUUUUUAAAGAAAAUUCUUGCCAUUUUUUGAAUCGUAAAGAAAGUUCUUGCCAUUUUUUGAUUUGUAAAGAAAGUUCUUGCCACUUAUAUAUCAAAAAAGGUCGUUUUGCCUAACGCAGCCUGCGGUGGACAAGUUUUACUAUAAAAAAAGUUUCAAGCUUUGUAAAGAAAGUUCUUGCAGUUUUCUAACAGAGUUUGACUGUAAACUGUAAACUGUAAACUGCCAUUUUUUGGCUUGUAAAGGAAGUUUUUGCCAUUUUUAGUUUUGAAACAAAGUUCUUGCCAUUUUUUGUAAAUUUUGUCAAACCUUCAUAACAUGUUACUUCAGAUCCGCCCAUGCAGUCGGCUGUACCAACCUAGUCUACGUAACUGAUACCCACUUGACUAGUGUAAGUAUGGACACUGGAGAGACAUGUAGACCACUGCUGACCGAAAUCAGUGGAGAAAAGACAACAGCACCAGCUACAACCACCAAAGCUAAGUCGGCCACAUCGACUUCGGGCACCACUGAUAAUCCACCAGUACUGGUCACUAGUACUGGCGCUUUACCCAACUAA